AUGCCUGGCCUUUGCAAACUAAGGAAUGCCAUGUGCACCUCCCACUUUGGAGCUGUGGUGAGGACGACGCAUGUUACUGGCACUUUAACAGAUAUUGGCUCCACCCUGGGCCGCGUGGCAAUGAUCCAUUUGCGAAAAGGCUGUCGGAGAUCGCGCCUGAACAUCUUGGAAAAGGCCGAGGUGGGCGUGGACGCUCGGAAGCUUUUGGUGUUGUUGCCCAUGUGGAUCUUUUUCGUGCUGGGCAGCGCCCUAGGUGCGUAUUGCGAAUACGCUGUGGGAGCAUCAGCUCUGCUGAUCCCGGCCAGCUUUACACUGACCUUGGGAUUGCUCUACACAUUUCUCAGGUCUGUGCUGAAGGAAAAGUUGAAGCGUUACGAGCAACAGCGGCUGAACGAAAAGAUCAAAGAAGUACAACUGUCCUUGACGCGCACUGGCUCAAGGCUUGCAGGACAAAGUUCCUCCGAUUUGCAAGAGAUCGACGAAGAGAUGGGCGAAAUGAUGGAGAUGUUGUCGGAGGUGGAUGCCAGCGUCAGCCACCUUUGUGAGUCGGCCCCGGAUGAGAGCGUCAAAGAGCUGAAGGAGGAAGCCAGUCCCGGGCAUCAGAGUUUGUGA